AUGAUAAUUGAAAACAUUUCGCAGCUUAGAGAUCCGAAGCUGAUGAUCACAUGGGUAUCCACUUUCCAGGUGCUUGGUUUAGGUGGGAAAAUAUGGCUGGACUCUAUGGUUAUCUUGCGAACUUUUAGGUGUACUUUUGUCCCUUCCUCCUUUAUUAAAUUAAUUGGAAUUUUUAGAUUUAAAUCAUUCAUUAAUCAAUGCAUUCUUACGACGCUCAUUUUGGGCCAACAAAAAACACAUGGUAAUCCAAUUCUAACACAGCUGUGUCAUGAGUCACAUACCAAACAGUCAGAUCCAUUUAAUUUAAUCCACCAAACAAACGAAACGACGUCGUUGGCUCCGAUCACCGCCAUUUUUCUCUUCCUCCUCCUCUCUCCGCUGCUCACCACUUCCUCCGUCGCCGGAGAACCUACCGCAUACGAGGCUCUCGCGAGCUACGAUUUCCCCUCGGGAAUUCUCCCUGAAGGCAUAACCGGCUACGAACUCGACGAAUCCACGGGCAAAUUCCGCGCGUUCCUCAACGGAACCUGCAGCUUCUCUCUGGAAGGUUCCUACGAGCUUAGCUACAAAUCAACGAUCAGUGGCAUUAUCUCGAAAGACAAGCUAACGGAGCUCAACGGCGUCUCCGUUAAGGUCCUCUUCUUCUGGCUUAACAUCGUCGAGGUUGUGCGUAACGGCGACGAGCUCGAUUUCUCCGUUGGAAUCGCCUCCGCUUCGUUCCCGCUCGAUAACUUCUUCGUGUCGCCAAGGUGCGGUUGCGGAUUGAACUGCGACGACGACGACGAUUUCCGAGUGAGGAAGCUUAAGUUGAGGAAUCCAUCGGUUUCGUCAUCGUAGAAAUUAAAAAAAGGAAUAAGGAUUGGAACAUUUUCGAUUUUCACUGCAAUGCUCUUUCUAGAUCUGGCAUUUAAACCACAAAAUAAAUACAGUGUAGUGGUUUUGCUUAGUGUCUUGAAGAACAGGACUAUUAUAAUGGCAUGUUAAAUUGCAAUUGUAGCUUAUAUUAAUCAAUUUGUAUGAAGAGGAUAUGGGAAUCAAUCACUGAUGUUUUAUUCUGAUGGAGGUUGUUUACCUGUAUACCAUAGAUCUUGUUACAGUAAUUUCUGUUUGAUACACUAUGCAUAAGCAAAAUCUGAAAAUUGUUUGAUAUGCACAGUAUUGGGAAAUUCUCUGGAUAAGCAACUUAAUUGUAGUGUGGCAUAGGGAAGUUUUGAGAAAAAUUCUCAAACUUAUUUUAGAAUAAUAGUAUAUAUAAAGUGUGAAAUAGUAAUAAAAACUACUAAGAAAUCAGAAAUGUCAAAAUGUAAUUUGUC